UGAAAAAAGCAAAGGCAAUCUUUUCACGGCAGUGAGGGAAAGAAAGGACACGCGAAGCCUGUCGCAGCAAAGAUUUCGCAAUCAUGGUGCAGUUGCACGUGCUGUUCGAGCAUGCGGCGGGGUAUGCACUCUUUGCAGUGAAAGAGGUGGAAGAGAUCGGAAUGCUAUUGCCACAGGUUGAAGACAGCGUGCUUUGCAUCGGAAAAUUCAAUGGAAUGGUGAGCCUGGCGGCCUUCUUUCCUUUCAAAUCCGCCCAGGCAGCCCUCGACAAUAUAAACGCAAUCUCGGAAGGUGUGGUCCAUGCAGAUCUCAAGCUGUUUCUGGAGACCAACCUCUCCAUGGCGGGGAAGAAAAAGGCCAUGCUGGGGGUGUCUGACAGCAAGAUAGGUGCAGCGCUCCAAGAGGAGCUGGAGCUGUCUAUCCAGACUGGCGGAGUGGUAGCUGAGCUCCUCAGAGGUGUGCGUCUCCACUUCCACUCCCUGGUGAAGGGCCUCACAGCUCUGGCUGCCUCAAAGGCCCAGCUGGGUCUGGGCCACAGCUACUCCAGGGCCAAGGUGAAGUUCAACGUGAACCGGGCAGACAACAUGAUAAUCCAGUCCAUCGCCCUGCUGGACCAGCUGGACAAGGACAUCAACACCUUCUCCAUGCGUGUGCGCGAGUGGUACGGCUACCACUUCCCAGAGCUGAUCAAGAUUGUUACCGACAACUCCACGUACUGCCGCAUGGCCCGGCUGAUCGGCAACAGGAAGGAGCUGAGCGAAGAGUCUCUACCCGCCAUGGAGGAGGUGGUGAUGGAUAGUGCCAAGGCCCAGUCCGUCCUGGAGGCCUCACGCAGCUCCAUGGGUAUGGAUAUCUCCCCCAUCGACUUGAUCAACAUCGAGAGCUUCUCAAACCGCGUGGUCUCCCUGGCCGCGUACCGCCUGGAGCUCCAGGAAUACCUGCGCUCCAAGAUGAGCCAGGUGGCCCCCAACCUAGCCACCCUCAUAGGGGAUGUGGUGGGAGCCCGUCUGAUCUCCCAUGCUGGCAGUUUGACCAACCUGGCCAAGUACCCGGCCUCCACCGUACAGAUCCUGGGGGCAGAGAAGGCCCUCUUCAGGGCUCUGAAGACGCGUGGGAACACCCCCAAGUACGGCCUCAUCUUCCACUCGACCUUCAUCGGCCGCGCAGCCGCCAAGAACAAGGGGCGCAUCUCCCGCUACCUGGCUAACAAGUGCACCAUUGCGUCACGCGUCGACUGUUUCUCUGAGGUCCAAACCACCGUGUACGGCGAGAAGCUGCGUGACCAGGUCGAAGAGCGUCUGUCUUUCUACGAGACGGGCGAAGCGCCUCGCAAGAACCUGGACGUGAUGAAGGAGGCUGUGAAAGAGGCAGGAGAAGUUGUGGCUGAGAUAAAGAAGAAAGCGGAAAAGAGAGAGAAGAAGCGCAUUAAGCGUGAGAAGAAACUUCAGGGGGACAAUGGAGACACCCCAGCAGUCAAAUCCAAUGGCGAAGCAGAGGAGAAUGGUGCCAAUGGAGAGGAAGUUUCAGGCAAGAAAAAGAAAAUCAAGCAGGAAGCUGCUGAGGUUAAAGUGGAGGAGGACUCGGUCACCCCGUCAAAGAAGAAGAAGAAGCGCAAGUCUGAGGCAAUGGAGCCGGAAGUGGUUGCUGUUGAGAUGACGACACCAGUGAGCGAGAAGAAAAAGAAAAAGAAGAAAUCGACUGAAUAGACCAUUUGAAAAAGCCAGAUUUUUUUUUAGUUAUGUACAGUUUAUAUAUACUCUUUGUUUCUGUUCCAUGUGAUGCUUUGGAUCUUUAACCCAACUAAAGGAGUUGGGAUGCAAAUAUUUUAGUAGUGCUUUUUGUUGACUGGUUUUAUACUAUGUAGUAUGUGCCUUGUCCUUCAUUAAAAACCCCUGACUUCUCCUAUA